CGGGAGACUGAGGAGGUUCAUUUGCAACAUUUGGAGUCAUGUGUAGAUAUGUUCCAGUUCACAUCUGUGGCAUUUCAGCUUUUUCUUCUAAGCUAGGCUUCAGGGUGUCACGAUCCUGGCAUCUUGCCACAUUGCAGGUACCAAAGUGCUGAGAUCCUUUGUUUUUCUUUGCAAAAAACGUGAGUUUUCUCUGGUCUUUCAGUUGAAAGAUGUUGAAAGCGAUUUGGGUUUGCCAGGCCCUGGCGAUGCUUUGCUGUAUGGCAGCUCUACUCGGCUUGAUUUUGGCAGUCGUGAUCGUUUGGCCCUUGAUCCUUUUAGCUCCGAGCAUGGCAGUCUAAAACGACAGAUUUUCUAAAGUUUAGACUCUUAGACUGAGUGUGGACAAAGUCAUACGAAGUUGUAGAAAGUCCGCGAAGCAAUGACACAGGUUAUGUCUCUUUAGAGUUCUGAGUUCUGAGCUGUAAAAACAAUUAAACACAUCUUAUAGAUGUGAAACUUUGAAAGCAAUUUUUUCACAUCUCAGAAAGGAAGCAUCAUCGGCCCUCAUUAGGCAUUGUCAGGUCAGGUCAGGUCGUGGGUCACAUCAUCGCGCCCAGAGAUGGGACCCGAGGUUUGUUUUCUGCUUGACCGAGCCUUAAGCUGGAAGCAUCAAGCCACGUACUACGCUUGCAGACGCCAGGUACAAAAAGUGCAAGAGGAAGCCUUGAUGAAGGGCAAAGACCUUUCACUGUGCCCCUGCUGCGUGGAAUGCACAUCGAAUACCCCGGCACAGAAGAAGGUGAAAUUCUUCUGUGGCCAUAGCUAUCACUUGCACUGCAUCAACAGAUGGUUUCAAGAGAAUCCGACUUCUGUUGGCUCCUGCCCUGUUUGCGAAGUAGGGAAGCUUCAGCAGGAUUUGGCCGCCGGCAUCCUGGGGCCAUGGGGGACGAUCCAUUCUCCAGUUGAGCAACUUGAAUUGUCACCAAUCAUUCAUAGCCAAGUGAAGGCCAAGUUUUUUGGCAAUUUACAUCAAUUUACUCAAGAUUCUCAAGAUUAGAUUACUUAAAAUGAUGAAAAACACUAAAAUGAUCGGCUGGUCGG